GGAGAGUCGGUAAAAGUGAAAGGGAUUCACUCUCGCGUGACGUAAUAGUGUUCGCCUUUGCGUGCUUUACGUGCCCGGAAGUAGCGUGAGCGGACACGCGGAGGGAGUCUGGGGAGUACGGUAUCUCGCGGCUGUCGCAUUGAAUUGAGUGAGGAAGAAGGGGCGGAGGGGGAUAGAGAGAGAAUCCGGUACUAGGAAAAGCUUUGCCAGGUGGCACGGAAGCCUGUAGGGGACAAAAAGAAAAGGCGGGUCUCGCCAACUUUAUUGCUAGAUGUGGCAGAAUGCCCGGAGUUACCUCCCGUAAGAACCAAGAACGGAACCGAGACAACGCCAUGGAGUCGCCGCCAGCUGAUGACUAUGCGAAGGAAAGAUAUGGAGCAUUGCCGAUGAUACAGUCUCAGGAGAAACCAGAUUGUGUGUUGGUUCGAAUAAAGGAAUUGACAGCAGAGAAAGCUGAUGAAGUUGUCUGGGUUCGUGGCAGGAUUCAUACCAGCAGAGCGAAAGGAAAACAGUGUUUCUUGGUCCUACGUCAGCAGCAGUUUAAUGUCCAGGCUCUGGUGGCUGUGGGAGACCAUGCAAGUAAGCAGAUGGUAAAGUUUGCUGCCAACAUCAACAAAGAGAGCAUUGUUGACAUUGAAGGUGUUGUAAGGAAAGUGCCACAUAAAAUUGGAGGCUGCACUCAGCAAGAUAUUGAGCUGCACAUUCAAAGGAUAUAUGUGAUCAGUUUGGCUGAACCCCGACUGCCCUUGCAGCUGGAUGAUGCUAUUCGGCCGGAGGUGGAAGGAGACGAGGAAGGAAGAGCUACUGUAAACCAGGAUACAAGAUUGGACAACAGAGUGAUUGACUUAAGGACCUCCACUAGCCAAGCUGUCUUUCGCCUGCAGUCUGGCAUUUGCCAGCUUUUUCGAGAAACUCUCAUUCACAAGGGGUUUGUGGAAAUUCAGACUCCGAAGAUUAUUUCUGCUGCCAGCGAAGGUGGUGCCAAUGUAUUUACUGUUUCCUACUUCAAAAGCAGUGCUUACCUUGCUCAGUCCCCACAGCUUUACAAGCAGAUGUGUAUUUGUGCUGAUUUUGACAAGGUUUUCUGCAUUGGGCCAGUGUUUAGAGCAGAAGACUCUAAUACCCAUAGACACCUGACAGAGUUUGUUGGUCUGGAUAUUGAAAUGUCCUUUAAUUACCAUUAUCAUGAAGUGAUGGAUGAGAUCGCAGACACCAUGGUGCAGAUAUUCAAAGGACUCCAAGAAAGGUUUCAAACUGAAAUUCAGACUGUGAGCAAACAAUUUCCAUGUGAACCAUUCAAGUUCUUGGAGCCAACUCUGAGGCUGGAGUACCGAGAAGCUCUGGCCAUGCUUCGGGAAGCUGGAGUAGAGAUGGGCGAUGAAGAUGAUCUCAGCACACCAAGUGAAAAACUCUUGGGCCGUCUGGUGAAAGAAAAGUAUGACACAGACUUCUAUAUUCUUGACAAAUAUCCUCUGGCUGUGAGACCUUUCUAUACAAUGCCAGACCCAGCAAAUCCUAAAACCUCCAACUCCUAUGAUAUGUUCAUGAGAGGAGAAGAGAUUUUGUCCGGGGCUCAGCGAAUUCAUGAUCCACAGCUGCUGACUGAGAGAGCCUUGCAUCAUGGCAUUGAUUUAGAGAAAAUCAAGGCUUACAUUGAUUCUUUUCGUUUUGGUGCACCUCCCCAUGCUGGUGGUGGCAUAGGGUUGGAAAGAGUUACUAUGCUGUAUCUUGGAUUGAGCAAUGUCAGACAAACAUCCAUGUUUCCUCGUGAUCCUAAACGUCUAACACCUUAAGGAGACUACAGUGAGUUUGAAAGUUUGCGCCUGCUCUCAACAACCCAACAUAAAUGCAACGUGCAAUGGAAGGAUAUCUAACCUACUAAAGUGCCACAAUAACAAAUGUUCAACUAAUUUGUUACUAAUAAUUAAGUCAGCAAUGUUAACAGACUUGAGUUCUGGAGUAGAAAAUGUCAUCUUUUUAUGAAAACCUAUUUGAAGUUAAGGGUACUGUUAGCAUCUUCUACUUCACAGGUUACUAAACACUUGUAUUUUAAUAAAUUUCAUAGUUGUAUAAUGACAUUUGUUUUUUAAAAUAUAUGGCAACAAAGUACUAGAUUUCAACCUAUAGAAUUUGAUCAACAGUAAUAAGAGAAGAUUACAAAGUAGUGAGUUGGACAAGGAUUAUUUUGAGAAAUAACAUGGGGAAUACUGGACUAAGAUUGGUUUUACUAAAUUGUAAAUGCAGGUUGCAAUAAAACUCCUUAACUAUCAA